AAGGCGAUUUGAUUGGCGCCUGGACAAGAUGGCAGCGGCGCGUGGAGCUUGGUGUGUGCCAUGCCUCGCUUCUCAUGAAACUCUCCAGGAAUUCUGUAGGAAAGAAAAACUGAUCUGUAAAUGCAUUGGAAUUACCAAAAGAAAUAUAAACAGCUAUGAAGUGGAAUAUUUAUGUAAUUAUAAAAUAGUAAAGGGCUUGGAAUAUUUUCUUGUUAAAUGGAAGGGAUGGCCGGAAUCUUCUAAUACCUGGGAGCCCAAAGAAAAUCUUAAAUGUUCAGCACUUUUAAAGCAGUUUUACACAGACCUUUACAAGUAUUUAAAUGAACUGAGGCAUAAUAAAACAGGAGCAUCAAAAGACAGUAUUAAGUGUUUGGAACCAGCAGUUGCAGACUAUUUAGUCAAAAAGGCUAAACAACGAAUUGCACUGCGCCGCUGGGAGGAAGAGCUUAACAGGAAAAAAUCGCACAAUGGAAUUAUUUUUGUGGAAAAUAUAGUGGAUCUAGAGAGCCCGCCUAUGGACUUCUACUACAUUAAUGACUACAAAGCCUCUCCUGGAGUUAUUACUUUGGGUGAAGCCAUUGUUGGCUGUGAAUGCUCAGAUUGCUUUGCAGGUAAAUGUUGCCCCUUGGAGGCUGGGGUUGAGUUUGCCUACAAUGAACAGAAACAAAUUAUAAUACCGCCAGGGAGGCCUAUUUAUGAAUGCAAUUCAAGAUGCAAGUGUGGUCCAGAUUGUCCCAAUCGGGUGGUGCAGAAGGGUCCACCUUACUCGUUAUGUAUCUUUAAGACGCACAAUGGUCGUGGCUGGGGCGUACAGACUCUUCAGAAAAUAAGGAAGCACAGCUUUGUGAUGGAAUAUGUUGGGGAGGUAAUAACAAGUGAAGAAGCGGAGAGAAGGGGUCAGCAGUACGACAGCAAAGGAAUUACAUAUCUCUUUGACCUAGACUAUGAGGCAGACGAGUUCACUGUGGAUGCAGCUCGAUAUGGGAACGUUUCACACUUUGUAAAUCACAGUUGUGACCCAAAUCUUCAGGUGUACAAUGUCUUUAUUGAUAACCUUGACGUACGUCUUCCCCGAAUUGCACUGUUCUCCACAAGAAACAUUAAAGCCGGAGAAGAACUUACAUUCGAUUACCAAAUGAAAGGUUCUGGUGACCUUAGUUCAGAUUCCAUUGACUUGAGCCCAGCUAAGAAGAGAGUUCGGACUACGUGCAGAUGCGGAGCUAAGACGUGUCGAGGAUAUCUUUAACACUCUCUGUAGAUAUCCAGUACAUAUUUUACUAUGAUGUGACAAGGUUUAUUUAAAAAAAAAAAUCAGAAAUGAUAUUUUAGUGAAAUACUUUGUAUGAAAUGCUUAGUUUUGUGUGUUUAUUUUACAAAAUAAAUUUUAAUACUUAUUUUUAAAUUUGUUUGCUUUUUUAAUAUUGAUAAAAAUAAUGUUAAACAUGCACAACAGUAAAAUACAACUUUGCUUGCUCAAGACUUGAAGACCUUUUUUAUUAAAUGAGUUAAACAACAAA